UUGCAUUCACACAAGUUUUACAUCUUCCACAUAAUAAUAAUCAUAAUAAUGUACAGGCUGCAGAGCUGGCUGUUCAAUCCUCUUCAUGAAUUCAAAGAGAUGCAUGUGACAUCAUGUGAGGUCACAUUACAGCAUUUUUUGCACAGAAAAUUGGUUUUUCUAUAAUAAAUAGAGAGAAAAUACAGAGAUUGAUUUACAGCUUGACAACUGACAUCCGGUUGUGUAAUAACCCUACGUUCUUCCGGUAACUAGGUAUGGCUGGGCUGGCAGUGUCACGUGAUAAUUACACUGUGUCGUUGAAUAGCGCUCGAGAGACAACAAUGAAGCCAGCUUGUUAUCAAGAGCAAUGAUCCCACAUUUCGCUAUGCCCAAAGGCGAUAGAUUUGAUGUUCACAGGACUGAGGAAAAUGAAGUAGAUGUAGAAGAAUCUCGCGCCCUGCUGUCCCUGGACGAAGAGGAGUCCCUCGCCCAAGCAGCUCCUGCGCAAUUACCCCUGCCUUCGCCAUCCACCUCCAAACCGCAACCCCCAAUAUAUAUACCCCCUUCGAACGGUCAACCUCGGACCCCAAGAACUCCUAACCGAGUCCGAUUCGAUUUAGACGAUGACACUGAAGAUGAUGGGGAAGAAGCACGAAGACAUCACAUUGGCCAUCCCUACUCAUGGCUUGAGGGGAAUGAUUAUAUGAAUGGCGAUGGAUCGAGCGCAGGCCGAAGCAGUACCGGCCAGCUUGCCCCUCUACUUACCAAUAUCGAAGCGCCUAGUGUUACUCUAGCUACGUCAGGAGACUUUUUUCCUGAGGACCAUUUGGAGGGUGCGCGGCCCAGGAGCGGGUUAAGGAAUGCCUUCAUGAAUAUGGCGAAUAGUAUUAUAGGUGCGGGAAUCAUUGGACAGCCGUACGCCUUUCGGCAAGCGGGGUUAAUGGUUGGGAUCAUACUCCUCUGUGGACUUACUCUCACCGUCGACUGGACUAUCCGUUUGAUCGUUAUCAACUCGAAACUGAGCGGCGCAGAUUCGUUCCAAACAACAGUGGAGUUCUGCUUCGGAAGGCCCGGUUUAAUAGCCAUCUCCAUCGCCCAAUGGGCAUUUGCAUUUGGAGGUAUGGUCGCAUUUUGUAUCAUUGUCGGAGAUACAAUUCCUCAUGUCUUCGCGUCAAUUUUUCCAUCAUUGAAGGAUACGCCCUUUCUAUGGCUCCUGACGGAUAGGCGAGCCAUCAUCGUUCUUUUUGUUUUGGGGAUCUCCUAUCCUUUAUCCCUUUAUCGGGACAUUGCAAAACUGGCGAAAGCAUCGACACUUGCACUAGUUUCCAUGCUUGUGAUUGUGGUAACCGUGAUUAUUGAAGGAAUCCGAGCCCCUGCCGAUUUGAGGGGCGAUCUAUUACACCUCAAAUUUUGGCAGGUCAACGGUUUCUUCCAGGCGGUUGGUGUCAUAUCCUUCGCAUUCGUUUGCCAUCACAACAGCCUCCUUAUAUACGGCUCCUUAAAGAAGCCGACUAUGGAUCGGUUUGCUCUUGUGACACAUUCCUCUACGGGUAUCUCGAUGGUCAUGUGCCUGAUUAUGGCGCUCGCAGGGUUUUUUACUUUUGGUGAGAAGACAAAAGGCAAUGUGUUGAACAACUUCCCACCCGAUAACGUUAUGGUGAACAUUGCAAGACUAUGCUUCGGCUUGAACAUGCUCGCAACCCUUCCACUGGAAGCUUUUGUCUGCCGUUCAGUGAUGACAACUUUCUUCUUUCCCGAUGAGCCUUACAAUCUCGCUCUCCAUGUUAUAUUCACAUCGGCGCUGGUCGUUACUUCCGUGGUGUUAUCAUUACUCACAUGCGAUUUGGGCGCUGUGUUUGAGCUAAUAGGAGCUACCAGUGCCUGUGCCUUGGCAUAUAUUUUACCUCCUCUAUGCUACGUUAAAUUGAGCAAGUGCAAUUGGAAAGAAAAAACACCAGCAUAUGCAUGUAUCCUGUUUGGUGGCAUUGUACUUUGCACUAGUGUUGUCCAAGUGAUGAUAAAAAUCAUCAAGAAUGAAGGCGAGAGAGGGACAUGCUAGCUAUUUACGGUUGUGUUGAUACGAUAUCCUGGUCUGACUUUUCGGUACGCCGUCAUUGUUGCAUAUAUAGAAUCCCUAAUUUCCCCUACGACUCGUCUACGAGCACUUCCAUGGCGUUAGGGUGAAACUUGCUGGCGAGGGUAUUAUUGUACUAUACAUAUACAUAUACAUUUUAUUUUAUCGACAUUCCGGUGCAAAUUGUCGUGGGGUAUAGAAAGAAAGAAUUCUUCCCCCCCCCUCCUCUUUUUUUUUUCUUUUCUUUCGAUGACCUGGGACAUUUCCGAAUCCCAUUAUGCCAGCGUGAUACCGCAGACAGAAGGCGAUUCGAUCGGGCUUUUAAACCACCCAAAAUGUCACUAUUUUACCUCCCUUCGUCCGCUUGCACUAACCGUACCUCCCGAUCGUAUGACUAACAGAAUUAUCGCAAACCAUUGCUAGUACGAUCUUCCCUUAAUUUGCUGCUUCAACCUACGCUGUAGUUUGUGGUAACACCUACGCUGCUACUAGUAUGGUCUUUAUGUGCGAAGGUUUAUUCUCAAACUAUGUUUGAAAGGAAAUCUGACGGCAAUCUUUGCUCUCCGGUGAAAUCGUCACAAUCUAUUUUGGGACCACCCUUGCGUCCUCUACUUGAGGAUGCUUCAAGUAGGCUAUUUAUUUUACUUUCGUUUUCAUAUGUUCAUUUAAUAUAACCACAAUACUUUUACCUUCCGGUGAUUUGCGGUGCGAUAUUUCGCCGCAGAAGACAAAUUCCAGGUACGUUGGAAGGAUUCAAUUUCAUAUCAGAGUACAGUACAUAUUUGCCGCACACAUUUCAUAUUUCCCCUGCGAUACUCCUCAAAAUCAGAGCUCCACUACUCAGAGUAUUUACCUCACAAAUCUCGCCUGUAGAGGAAUAGAUACACUGAAGAAGGAUCUUUCAUGAUUUACUGAUCCCGACCCUCUUCAAGACCUAUUUGCUGUGGUGGGCUUAAUAUAUUAUAUAUCAAGGGACUUUCUUUUAUCCUACCUGGCUUUCGGUAAGCCACAGCGAUCAAAGCCUGGCUGCAUGAGGCUGUCAAGAGAAGUCAACAAGUUCAUCGUAUAUUGUUUAUAUCCUUUCUCUAUUAUUUCUAGGCAAUAUCUCUAAAUGAUUCUCUAUUUUGAAGGAUAUUGAUGCUUUUACAUUGAGUUCUUAUAAUUAAGACACAAUUCUUU